AUGACAUGCACAAGCUGGCGAACGCUCUCAGAUCUCCCAGUUGAGCUUUUGUUGAUGAUUUCUGAGUACCUGGACUACAUCUGUGACCUCAACUCCAUGACACAGGUCAGUCGUCGUGUUCACCAGGUACUCGCCCCUCACCUGGAUGCGCAACUCAGAGGCAAUCACCGCUUUUGCUCAAACAUAUGGCUCCAAAAUGCGGCUGAAAAAGGAAAUGUGCAUGGCGUACGCAGAGUAAUGGAAGCCAGAGGUGAUAUCUACGAGAAAUACGGCAUGUCAAACGAAUCGUUGAUUUGCGCAGCAGAGAAUGGCCACAGUGACUUAGUUGCUAUAUUGGUCAACUACGGUCUUGAGCCUGAUGCACCGUUUUCUCAGUGGCAAGGAUCAGCCUGUCGCCCAGCUGGAAAGAAUCUUGACUGUUCCUAUUUAAUUCAACCUUUGAUUGCGGCAUGUAGAACUGGACAGUUGGCAGUUGUUGAAAUUUUGAUCGGCUAUGUGAUCAACCUGAAGGACCCUCAAGCCACAGCCGGGCUUGGGGUGUGUCUGGAACAGGCCGUUCAAAACGAUCACAUAUCGGUAAUGGAACUCCUCCUGAAAGAGGGAUGUGAUCCCAAUGUGAAAGACUUUUUGGGGCGGAAUGCGCUCAGCCAAGCUGCCAAAAAGGACCUGAGUCUCGUCAAAAGGCUUAUGGAGGCCGGUGCAGACCCCUUCUUUCCACGAUGGGCAUCCAGCCUCUUUUCUCCGCUCCUGGUUGCGUUGCAAGUUGGUAAUUUGCCCGUCAUUGAAUACUUGCUGGAAAAAGGGCUCAAGUCAAAACGACGACGAAUUCCGUGGGGAAACAUCUGUCGUGACUUUUACGAAACAGCAGAAACCCAUCCUAGAGCUGCUGAGCUCCUUCUAAAGUUCAUCAAUAUCGAAAGGGCCAUGAAAGGCAGACCAAAGGCGAUCAGGAGGUAUUUCAUAGAGGGAGUUGUGGCUGGUGGCUUUUUGCCUUCUAUGAAGACGAUCCUCCAUGAUUACCAUCUUAAAGACAGCGAGAAAUGGCUUUGCCUCAUCAAGGCGAUUGAGAAGCGGCAAAUCCCAAUGCUCAACCUGCUUCUUGAAAACGGCGUUAGACCACCAUCGAGAGAAAAAAUCUUGGUCCGCGCCGUAAGCAGCGGCUCGACCGAGGUGGUGAAACUGCUACUCCUUGUCGUGAACAAGUCCAUGGCCCAACACGACUACUCUGCGGCCCUUCUAUCGGCCGUUAAAUCAAGAAAUCUAUCAAUGACUCGGUUACUUUUGAAGCACAGAACAGAAACCGCUUCGGUAUUCGGUGUUCUGGGUCCCUUUCUUGAAGCAGUCAGUUCCGAAGAUCUACCAAUGGCGCGGUUGUUUUUAACCUGGGGACUAAGUAUCAAGUCACUCGAGUCACUCGACGAUUACUCAAGCGCCGUUCUCAAGGCAGUUCACUCUGGAGAUCUACCGAUGGUGCGGCUCUUGGUGAAGCACGGGCUCCAGAUUGAGUCCAUUCAGAUGCGCCGGUCACUAUCUUUAACGUUCAGUGCCAUUGCAGGGGGGUCAGGGAUGUUGAAACUUUUGAUGAAAAAGGGAAUUUCUCUCAAACUGGCUGAUAGUACAAAUUUAAAGGUAAUUGAGACGGCCUUGUGGAAAAUUGAUGUUGCUGGCCUGAAAAUAUUUCUGGAAGCAGGCAUGAACGCAAAUUCCUGGUCAACUAUCAACUACUUGGGUAACAAUGGCGCAGAAUCUCUGCCAUAUGUCGCAAUUGUUGCAACCCUCGAAGAACAAAGUGUUGCCGAAGGAGCUGUUGAUCUUUUGCUUGAACAUGGAGCAGCUAUUGAUGGGUUUGGCCCUCCUGAGACCUUCGGGAAUGCUCCAAAGAAAACAGCACUUAUGAAAUUAGCUUGCAGCUCGGACCAUACGAAAAACGCUCGGGCGAUGAAGUGCCGCGCGGCUAAACUUCUUUUGCGAAAAGGCGCAGAUCCUUUCUCUGCUGACAUCAAUGGAAACACAGCUUUCAGAUUGGCUGUGAAGAAUGGGUUUUUGGGUAUGAUCAAGGUCUAUUUAGAAUUCUUCGAUGAGCAGAACGUCCCAUUUGAGAAAUUUCAGGAUGACAUAUGGGCUGGUGUGAACCGCAGUCUACCGUGUCUGAAGGGCCAGCUGUCGUUGUUCUUUUCAGAAACCUCCCGAUUUCUCUAUCGUCAUUACUGGAGGAAGGUCCACCCAUGUCCAGAGGAGCGAUGA